AUGGAUCCCCUGAGUGUGGUGGAAAGCAUUACUGGCAUAGCCACGACCGCUUACCAACUUAUCGGGUAUCUGAGUACUGUCGUGGCAGGAGGUAAAGAGCGCCUGUCGCUGUUGCAAGAGCUCACUACCUUGUGGAUUACCAUCGCAGUCCUUAAAGCACAGCUUGCUCCAGAAGGAACGGUUGUCAACAAGGAGGACUUUCCUUCAGGGCUUGUGGAAAUUUUCAAAACAGAUGGCCUGUUGAAGGAGCUCGAGAAUUUGGUACAAGAGGUGGAGCGGAUGCUCACGCCUCGAUCUACCCCUAAGAAGAUCCGUCAGACUCUUGCUUGGCCCCUUAGUAAGAAGGAUGUCAUUCAAACAAUUGAGCACAUACAGUGCUUACAGCAGACCUUGCACUUUGCACUCGAUCAAGUAAACUAUAACCUGACCAAGGAGAUCCGUCGUGAUGGGCAGGCGAUGAAAACUGUCAUGGACGAGACCCGCCUCAAGGAGAUGAUUGACUGGAUAUCACCGCUCAAUUUCAUCACGAAGCAAAGCAUGAUCUUUAAGGAGCAGCAUGAAGGUACAUGCAAGUGGUUCUUUGAACAUGACUCGUUCAUCGAGUGGAAGGAAACCGGAAAUGCGAUUUUGUUUUAUAAAGGAAUUCCCGGUGCUGGCAAGACCUUUCUUUCGUCCAUUGUGAUCAAUGAGUUAGACCGGUUGCGACUCGCUGAAAACAGUGGCGUCGAGAACUCAGCAAUCUUGAUGCUCUACUGCAAAUGGGAUGAUGCACACUCCCAGUCUGUUGAUGGAUUGUUGGCAAGUCUUCUCAAGCAAAUCGCACAACGCUAUGGGACAGUUUCCAGGAACAUGGACGAUCUUUUCUCCAAGCAUAGCAGAGCUGAUACGAAUCCAAGUCGAGAAGAGUACAUGUCUACACUCAAGGCGGAACUUGAAAGAUUCCCGAAAACAUUCAUCGUGGUCGAUGGUCUUGAUGAAUUACGCGAACAGAAGAGCCGGCUCGAACUUCUGGAGACCUUGACUUCUAUAGAAGCCUCGGUGAACAUUAUGGUCACAUCACGUCCGCUCGUUGACAUCGUGCAGCAAUUUGAAAACAAGGCAAGGAAAAUCCGGUGCGGAAAGUGCAAGCAAGCAGAUACCCGAUACCGAUUCCAAUGUGUCGAUUGUACCGAGGAUUUGCACGAGUCUUUCGAUCUUUGUACGUCGUGUUACGAGCAAGGCGAGCGAUGCGGAAGUAAUGGUCAUAUUUUUGCGAAGAAAUUCAACAGUAUCUUCAUCGACAUCGAGGCUGUGAAGGAAGAUUUGAUGAUCUAUGUGCAACACUACAUCUUCUGA